GCAAAAAGCACAAGGUCUAGUUUGCCGUUGAUCUUUGAACAGAAUGGAUAUAAUUCAAUUGGUCUUAUUCUCUUUGUUGGGUUCUUUGUUAGUUGAUGGAAGCACCAAGGCCAAUGGAAACAAGCAUGUUAAAACCAUUAUAGGUGCUAUUGUAGAUGAACGUUCCCGUAUUGGCAAAGAAGAAAGAAUAGCUAUGGAAAUUGCAGUGGAUGAUUUCAAUAGCACCAGCAAUCAAAGUUUCAUUCUGCACAUAAAAGACUCAAGAGGGGAACCCUUCAAUGCAGCUCUUGCAGCUCAGGAUCUUAUCAACACACAAGAAGUACAAGUAAUUCUUGGACCUCAGACUUGGGAAGAGGUGUCUCUAGUUGCUGAUAUAAGCAGUCAGAAUUCUGUUCCCCUUCUUUCUUUUGCUGACAAUAUUCCGAAACGGGGUGCAGAAAGAUGGCCUUUCCUACUCCAAGCUUCUCCAAACAAAUAUGCCCAAAUGAAAGCCGUUGCCGCAAUUGUGCAGUCUUGGAAUUGGUUUCGGGUCACUGUGCUAUAUGAAGAUUCAAUGGUGGAUGGAGUCAUUCCACAUCUCUAUGAUGCCCUGAGAGAUGUAGGUGCAGAAAUUAGCCGCGUUAUAGCCCUUUCUCCUUUUGAUUCUUCUUCUUCUUCUUCCUUGUCAGAAGAUCUUGAAGGUCUUAAACAAGAGGACUGUAGAGUCUUUGUUGUUCAUGCUUCCUUAUCAUUGGCUGUGCGCCUAUAUGAAAGAGCAAAGGAAAUGAAUAUGAUGGAAGAGGACUAUGUAUGGAUCACUACAGAUCCCUUUACAAGCCUUGUCCAUUCCAUCAAUUCCUCUAUUAUCUCUUCAAUGCAAGGAAUUGUGGGAGUCAAGAGCUACUUACCUGAAGCAGGACAGUAUUUUCAGGAUUUUUAUAAUCGAUUUCGUAGCAGGUUUAACAGACAAUAUCCUGAGGAGAAUAACAGUGAUCCAGGAAUUUUUGCGGUGCAAGCCUAUGAUGCCAUCCGAAUGGUGGCUUUAGCAACUCAUGAAGGUAAUUACAGAGGGAAAGACUUAUUAGAAAGAGUUCUGCUUACUGAUUUUCAUGGCUUAUCAGGAAAAGUUCAAUUCAUUAACAUGAAAGCGGCUCCAGCAUAUAGGUUUCAGAUCAUAAAUGUAGUGGGAAAGUUAAGUUACAGGGAACUUGGGUUUUGGUCAAAUGGCUUAGGCUUCUCUAAGACCAUUGAUGAUGGUGCUACUCGUAGCUCUUCAAUGGAUGAUUUGGGGCCAGUGAUUUGGCCAGGGGGAUCUAGGCAUACUCCAAGAGGAUGGUCUCUACCAACAAGUUCCAACCCACUAAAAAUUGGUGUGCCUGCAGGAUCAGGUUACAAAGAGUAUGUGAAAGUGGAAAAUUCCUUGGGAAAUAAACCUUCUUUCACUGGUUUUGCAAUUGAAGUCUUUGAAGAAACACUAAAACGCUUGCCUUUCAACUUGCCAUACAAUUUCAUUCCCUUUAAUGGCACUUACAAUGAGCUGGUGGAACAGAUUCAUCUAAAGGAGUUUGAUGCAGUUGUUGGGGAUGUCGCAAUAGUUUCCAACAGGUAUCAGCAUGCAGAAUUCACACAUCCCUACACUGAAACCGGAUUGGUGAAAAUAAUUCCUACUCGACCAACAUCCUGUAGUGCAUGGCUAUUCUUGAAACCCUUCACGAAACUUAUGUGGGUUUUAAUUGCAGCCAUAAACAUCUAUAAUGGCUUCGUUGUCUGGCUGAUAGAGAGAAAUCACUGCCCUGAACUCAAAGGUUCCAUUGCUAAUCAAAUAGGUGUCUUGUUUUGGUUAUCCUUCACCACUCUUUUCUCUUUGCAUGGGGAAAAGCUGCACAGCAAUUUAUCAAGAAUGUCAAUGGUGACAUGGUUAUUCAUGGCAUUGGUCAUAACACAGACAUACACGGCAAACCUCGCCAGCGUGCUGACUGUCCGGAGGCUUGAACCUGACGCAGUAAAUGCCAAUGCAAUGGUGGGAUAUUGUAGAGGUUCCUUCGUGCAAAGAUAUUUGGUGGAAGUUCUAAACUACCAACCCCAAAGAUUGAAGAACUAUACCACAAUAGAAGAAUAUGGUCAAGCUCUAAAGAGCAAGGAAAUUGCUGCUGCCUACCUUGAAGCUCCAUUGGCCAAUUUGUUUUUGGCAAAAUAUUGCAAAGGCUUCGCCAAAGUUGGGCCAACAUAUAAAGUUGGAGGAUUUGGAUUUGCGUUUCGAAGAGGAUCUCCAUUACUUGCAAGCAUGAAUAAAGCUCUACUGGAGGUAUCUGAAAGUGGAAAGCUACUAGAACUAGAGGACGGCAUCAUUGUAUCAAAUGAUCAGUGCAAAGACAUGGAAUUGGAAGAUGAAAAUCCCAGCCUUGGUCCUGGAUGCUUCAGGGUACUCUUUAUAAUAACUGGAGGGACAUCAUCAAUUGCCUUAUUGCUCCUCAUUUUACACAAAGUUGAUUCAGUGUUCAAGCACACAUCAAUGUGGAAAUUCAUGUGGGAUGUAUUGAAGCAUCUGAGCUUUCCAAGGAAUCGAUUCGUGAGAAAAGUAAGUGAUUCUGAAAUCCAUGGAAAUACUUUUUCAAAUACAUCAAAUACACAGUCUGGAAUUCAGAUAUGCUAAAAUCUGUUGAUAGAGGGAGGAAUAUAGAUUUUUUAUCUUAUUUUGUUCUAUACAUUGUAACAUUGUUUGUAAAUAUUACUAAUUUUUCUUUUUUA